AUGCCAUCCAAUCGAGCAGCCUGGUUAACAGCCAAAUCCGCGCGACCACUUGAGGUCAAAACCGCUCCCUACACGUCUCCUGCGACCAAUGAAAUCGUCAUUAAGAAUGGUGCGAUUGCAAUCAACCCGGUAGAAUGGUCCAAACAACUUGUCGGAGACUUGAUGUUCUCAUGGAUCAAAUACCCAUUUGUUCUCGGCAACGACCUUGCAGGCGAGGUUGUUGAAGUUGGCUUGGGGGUUACACGCUUCAAGCCCGGUGACCGCGUCCUAGGCCACGCACUCUCGAUGGAUCCCACAGUGAACAAGAACUCUGAGGGUUCGUUCCAGGAGUAUACGGUUGUCCGUGCAAACAUGGCAUCGCCAAUCCCGGAUACCCUCUCCUACGAGGAAGCCUGUGUCCUUCCGUUGGGCCUGUCCACCGCCGCCUGCGCAUUGUUUCAAAAGGACACCCUCGCACUCAACUACCCUGAUGCGUCGGCUGCCGCGACGGGCGAAUCCAAGAAGACUGGAAACGAAGCGCUCGUCAUAUGGGGUGGAUCUAGCAGUGUUGGAUGCAAUGCUAUCCAGCUUGCCACCGCUGCGGGAUACGACGUCUUUACCACUGCAUCUCCGAAGAACUUCGAAUUCGUCACCAGUCUGGGUGCCACCCAGGUAUUCGACUAUCGCAGUAAGGCUGCCAUUACGGAAAUCAUCAAAGCCCUGAAAGGGAAGAAACCCGUCGGUGCAAUUGCAAUCGGGAACGGCGCUACGGAGGCAUGUAUGGAGAUUCUUUCCAAAACCAAUGGAUCGAAAUUUGUUGCGCAGAUUAGUUUCCCGUGGCCAGAGAAGACUCCAACUACAACUUUGGCUCUUAUCGGUGCUAUGGUGGGGCUCAUGUGGUGGAACUUAAGCAUUUUUAUCAAAUCGAAGUUCAAGGGCGUGACGGCAAAGUUUGUCUUUGGGAGCAGCUUGUACAAUAAUGAAGUGGGUGGGAUCAUCUAUCACGAUUUCCUGCCGGAGGCAUUGGCGCAGGGAAGCUUCGUGGCGGCUCCCAGGCCCUUGGUGGCGGGCAAGGGAUUGGAGAUGAUCCAGGAGGCCAUGGAUUUGCAUAUGAAGGGGGUUUCCGCUAGGAAGGUCGUUGUUUCUUUGUAG